AGAUUGUUACUGUUGAAGUAAGCAUUCAUUAGAUCACCACGUGUGCUCCUCAACUGCCACUACAAAUCUACAAUCUCCUUUAACAUCAAAAUUACAAGAAAUUGCUACGAAUUUAACCCAACAAACUCCAAUCCAAUGUCUUUCUCUUCAAUUUUCAGCACCACAUUACCCUCAUUUUCAAUUCCAAGUGCGAGAAAUCGCCCUAGUUUUUGUUACCCUUCAAUAGUUCUUCACUCAAUUUCCAGAAAAAUCCCACUUGGGUCUUUGAAUUCAUCGUUUUUUCAAGAUGGGUUUUCUCUAAAAUCAUUCAAUUUUAAUGGGGUUUCUGUAAAUUCCACACAGAAUUCUUCUUCUGCUAAAGUUCAUGCUAGAGCAGCUACUGAGCAAACCAUCCAUGAUUUUACUGUCAAGGAUAUUGAUGGAAAAGAUGUUGCUCUGAGCAAAUUCAAGGGGAAGGCUCUUCUAAUAGUCAAUGUUGCUUCAAAGUGUGGUUUGACGUCAUCAAACUAUUCGGAACUCUCACAAGUGUAUGAAAAGUACAAAACUCAGGGGUUUGAGAUUCUAGCAUUCCCAUGCAAUCAAUUUGGAGGCCAAGAACCUGGCUCAAAUCCUGAGAUUAAGAAAUUCGCAUGUACAAGAUUCAAAGCUGAAUACCCCAUUUUUGAUAAGGUGGACGUGAAUGGUCCAAACACAGCCCCGGUUUACCAGUUCCUCAAGUCAAGCGCUGGUGGGUUUUUGGGUGACUUGGUCAAGUGGAACUUCGAAAAGUUUCUGGUGGACAAAAAUGGCAAGGUUGUAGAGCGAUACCCACCUACAACAUCCCCUCUCCAGAUUGAGAAAGACAUUAAGAAGUUGCUGGCAGCAUAAAACUUCACGGUAUACACCCCCAAAGAGAAGAUAAGUGCGGUAUAGUUUCAUCACUGUUGCUGAAUAUUUUUUGUUACUCUUUUUGCUGUUUCUUUUCGAGGGAAUGAGAAUGACUAUAUUUGUACUGGUACACCUACCAAAUGCAAUGUAAUCCUGAACUCCUGAUAAAGAUAGGAGUAUUUAAAUGCUAUACAUUGUUGGUGAAUUAGCAAUAGCUAGCUCGGCUCGGCUCGUAUCGUAUCGUAUCAGGAGCGUCAAAACAAUACUGUGAUGUUGUAAAUGGUUUCCUUUCUCUUACAUGCGGACAUGCCUUUGUUAUUGUUA